GUUUUCACACCGAUGCCGGUAACCGGUAUAAUUUCCCUAGAUUGUAAACCAGCAUUAGAUGAUAUGUGGACUAAACGACUUCCGUGUCAGUCCGCGGCGAGCACAAUAGAAUUCUAUGCCGAACCCGACCUUGUUUAAAAGCCUAAUGGUUGUGUCAGCAGAGAGCAGCAGCGAUUUUAAUGUUGUUUUAGAUAUGUUUCUAAAAUCACAGGGUAGUGGUGAGAUGUAUCUGUUGUAUCGCAUUUAAAAAUGGCAUACUCGCUAGUCAGUUUUAAGGCAAAAUUUAGUUUAAGUAGAUGCCGCUGCUGCAUAUAUAUAGGUAGAAUAGUACUCCCAAAAACACAGGGAAGUCAACAUUGCAAAAAAGAAAUGCAGUCAUUGAUGUUAAAGGAAAUUGUGAUUAGACUUAGUAAUAUUAAUAGAUCAGGUAAAUAAGUUGGUCCAGUAAGUACAAGACUACUGAUGCAGUACUCAGUUUAUCACAGUGGUAGAGUACAUUCUCAUGGUCUCUGCAAUUGAGGUCUUGAAAGCUAAUGUUUGUAUAACAGUAUGAACUCUUCAAAUAAACGAUGACUUUUUGACAAAGCACGUACAUAAAUUACAGGUCGUAUUGGAGAAACUCUUGCUCCAUGCAUACUGAGCAAGUGUAGGACUAACAACCUGGCAGAUUAUUAAAGGCGGAUUUAUUAUUAUUUUUUUUUAAAAUUCUUAAAUCAGGACUAAAUGCACAGUUUUACUGUCCAUUUAAUUCAUCUCAAUGAUUAAAUCGCCAGCACACGCCAAACAUACAGCGUCACUAGGAUAUGACGUUUGAACCAGGAAGGAAGCCUAGACAUAUAGAAGGUGUUGAAAAGGCCGGUCGUAUUUCCAGUCCGAUAUAAAGGUGUGUUUGAGCGUAUCGCCGCAGUGUACUGCACUGUGUGGGUACCUGUACUGGGGCUGAAACGGAAGCCUAGAUGAUCUUACCGUUAUUCCUGCCCCUCGCCUGGGCGCUCUCUGUAAACGGGGAAUUUGGAGCAUUUUUCCAGUUGGGCAGCAUUUCAAAUGUGUCCAGAUAUUACUGGAAUUAUGUCUACUGUAAUAUCUGGGAAGGAGAGUGCCAACCGCACCAGGAUGACUCCAGCGUGCAGGUUCCCACAGAAGAUGCCUGGUCCAUGUUUUCAGAGGACUACAUGCAGCUUCUUUCAGACUGGUACUGUAGCCUGGGCCAAUGCUGCGAGACCGGGGACUGCAGGAUAAUCAAUAACAUUACAGGGCUGGAGAAGGACUUGGAGCAGAAGCUUCACGGUCAGCACCUAGCCCAGGCUGUGGUAGUGAGGGCAAUCCGAGGUUUUCUCAAAAACCCCUCCCCUGAGAAGGCCCUGACACUCUCCUUCCAUGGCUGGUCCGGAACUGGGAAGAACUUUGUGUCUCGGAUGAUCUCGGACAAUCUGUACCGAGACGGCAUGAAGAGCCAUUGUGUGCGUCUCUUCAUCUCCCCCUUCCACUUCCCUCACGCCAAGCUGGUGGACGUGUACCAGGGCCAGCUCAAGGACUGGAUCAGUGGGACGGUGCAGCACUGCCCCCAGGCCCUGUUCAUCUUCGACGAGGCUGAGAAGCUGCACCCAGGACUCAUCGACACCAUCAAACCCUACAUGGACCACUACCAAGACCUGGAUGGUGUCAGCUACAGGAGAGCCAUCUUCAUAUUCCUAAGUAAUAUUGGAGGGGCUGCCAUCAAUGAGGUGACCCUGGACUUCUGGCACUCCGGGCAGAACCGAGAGGACGUGGACAUGGAGGAUCUGGAACCGAGGCUGCGCACUGAAGCUCUUCAAUCACAAGGAGGAUUCUCUCAAAGCCAGCUCUUGACAGGGAACCUGAUUGAUUUCUUUGUGCCCUUCCUGCCCCUGGAGUACCGCCAUGUGAAACUGUGCGCUCGCGAUGCCUUCCGCUCCAGGGGUGUCUCUUACUCUGAGGAGAUCCUGGACGAGGUGGCCCGUGGCAUGCUGUAUGUCCCCAAGGAGGAGAAGCUGUUCUCAGCACAGGGCUGCAAGUCUGUCCCCCAGAGAAUCAACUUCUUCCUGCCCUGAGAGUUGGAGCGGGACAGAUGCAGCAGCACGCCGCGGCCUGGAGAGAGCUGGGCUCGCUGGGGCAUUCCUCUCUCUGUGUAGGGCUCCAAGAGAGAGGGGCUGGCUGCGUUCCUCUCUCUGUAGGGGCUCCAAGAGAGAGGGGCUGGCUGGGCGUUCCUCUCUCUGUAGGGGCUCCAAGAGAGAGGGGCUGGCUGGGCGUUCCUCUCUCUGUAGGGGCUCCAAGAGAGAGGGGCUGGCUGGGCGUUCCCCUCUCAGCAGCCACAGUGGUGCAGGCCCUGGCCAGUCAGCACUCUGGCUCCUCAGAGCUGAAAACUCAUAAGGAGACUUCAAUUCCCCAGCCUCAUUCUCUUAGAACUGCGUUACACAGAACUGCUCUACAUAUUUUAAACCCUCUUUUUUUUUUUUUAAAAUUAUUCACAUGACAUUUUAACUCGUGGCUGCUGAUUGCAUAAUGCACUGUAUACACAAUGCAACAUUUUUACUGUUUGUCCGUCAAGGAUUUUAAAGGGUUUAAAGUAUUGGCUAAAUGCACCAAGGCCUGUGUGGGAGCGUAUUGGGCCUUGUAAGUAAAGUAAUGAGGGACAAAAGUGCUUGAGAAGUGUGUGUGUGUGUGUGUGUGUGCGGGCCUAAAUGUAAGUCCUGGAAAAUGGCCUGUUUUAAAAAUGUUUUAUUUAUUUAUAGAUCAUAGAUUAUUCAUAUUUUAAAAUGUUCUUCCGUUCAGUUGUUCGAGAAGUGGUGCAUUGUAUGCAUGUAUAAAACAAGCAGCUUGAUAUUUUGCUUAAAUGCAGCAGUAAUAGAAAUAUUACUAUGAUAAUACCUAACCUGAGGAAGGGGCCUGGAUGUUUUUCUUUUUGUUUUUAAUAAAAUUAGCUUCAGUGCAGAAGCAGCAUUGUAUUUGUCACGACUUAUUAACAGAGCAGUCUUAAUUCAUCGCUGUGUUAUACAGUCCCAUUAUUGGAAAAAUGAAUCUCCAAUAUUAGCAUUGACAUACAGAAUUGUUAGCCUGCUCCAGUUUGAUCUCUUCUGUUGCAGUUUCUGUACUUUUUAAUCGCAUGUCUUUUUUAAAUUAGUCUAGUUAUUACAGAAAACGAAAUCUGAUCAAAAAUGGGAAGCAGUUCAAAGGUUCUUACUUGUUACCUGUGUUACUGCUGCUGACUUCAAGCUUAUGUUUACUUUGGCAAAUGUUUUUUAGAUGGUCAUUUGUUUGAUGGUUGAUUUUUUAGUUGAGUAAUACUGUGCAGCUAAACAUGACGAGGUCAGACUGGUGUGUGUGUGUUCAAAGAGCCUGAUGAUGAUUCCCGUAUUUGUAAAUCGCAUUUAAAACAGACCAUGAUAUUUGAAGAAGUCUUUGCAGAGUGUCGUGGUGUGCUUCAACAACAGCAUUACUGAGCUUGGGUACAGUACAAUGGUGUGGUUAAACAGGAUUACUGAGCUUCAGUACAGAAGGGUGCCCCUCGCUUGUUUUUAUUUUUAAAACAAUUGAAGCUAAAAAGAUCUAGGGACAACCACUAUUUUGCAAAUAUUUAUUAAAAGUACAAUGAUCUGCUUUGAAUACAUUUCAAAUAGGACGCAUUGCCAGUAUGUGGUGACUGCUUGGCAUAAUCCAGCGAAGAAUGCUUUGAUACUCUUGCUGUUACAAUAAGGGUACGACUCUGCUGUUGAAUCAAUGCAAUACAGUAAACAAAUGAGUGACAGACAGAAGGCGGAAGAAUCUAUUUCUUACCUAUUAUUAUCUCUGCUCCUCAUAUUGUUGUGCUGAAGAUUGUCUUGUUUUCUUCUUUAAUUGGGCUUUGCAGCAUUUCAAAGCACAGCACUAUAUGUAGGAAAGUUUAACCAUGUGGUUAUCACCUCCUGUUCUUAAAACAAAAUGUGCAAUUUUGAAGCACACCCAGUGAUAAUGUUACCAACGCCUUGGUUAGAUCCUUGAAAUGCACAAUGCAGUUCUCUGAGGAAGGUAUUGAAUGUUUAUAGAAGGGUCUUUGAACUUCCUAUGAAGGUGGAAGUGAAAUGCAUAUAAAGGCAUCCACAAAUGUUUCACCUUGUUCCUCAUAACAAACCUAUAGUUGUCAGUUUGAUUUAAUCAAAUAUUGUUUCAACUAUUAUUUCCUGGCUGCCACACUGUAGUGCAGAUCUGGCCCUAGAAAGGAAGUAACAUACCCAAAUCCUCAGACCUUCUGUAUAUCUUUAUUUUAAUCCCCGAGGGAUCAUUCCACCACUGUUUCUGAUCCUGAUAUCUGUCUGAAACAACACAGUGAAAUUACCCUCAUACUCAGUGUAAGCAUGUGAAGAUGCCAAGGAUAUAGGCUUGCAGGGUAGAAAAGAAUGUGCUUUUUCUUUCUUCAAAACACAUUGAGAACAAGUGCAGAUGCAGAGGGGGUUACACUAGCCCUGUUACACAAGCUCACUAAAAUAUUUGUAUGACUGAAAAGUAAUCACCUUUUCUUCAAAUAAAUACGAACGUUUUUUGUGUGCAAGCCGUUCCAAUACAAUGUAGUUGCACCUGAAUUAAUACCCAUGUACUAUCUAUGCAGAUUGAAGGGAGGAGAUGCUUGUUCUUUGUACCCCAGACAUGCUGGAGGGAUGUCCAUGUGCAGACCAUCUGCACCAUUGAAAAGGCUGGACUGGUUUAGCAUUUCUUAAAGACCCACAGGCUUUUCUUUAGCAUUGCUAUGAAGCCCAAGGAUUUUACCCUCUACAAAUCAAGUGAUUUUACUUUGUAAGCUGACUAACCCGGAACUGUAUUUAUUUCAGUACACAUUGUUUUUAUAUUAUGACAUUAUUUUUACAUUUGUGUUUUCAAUGUUAAAUAAACAGAUCUGACUGGUUUCAAGUA